AUGUUAAAGCACCAAAAUAGUAAGGGGAAAGCUUCUCAUUUGGCCUAUGUCCUCAUGAAUUUAACCACAAUCAUAGGAAUACUAUAUCACCCACUACAAACUAGACUUCUUUGCCGUUCUUAUUAG